AUGUUGUCUGGGAGGCAAAUCUGGUCGCGGUCCGGGCGUGCGGCCCGGCUACUUAGGCCGUCCUGGCCAGCCGAACGCGCAACAUGUCCGUUUUGCUGCACCACGAGCGCCGCUUCUCGUCUGCGCCCGUCGUCGCCCAUCUUCCGACGUUAUCAAUCGACGACGACGACAACGAACAAUGCUAGAGCUGAACUUGAGAAAGCUCUGCGCGAGCUCCAAAAACAGUACCCCAAUUUCGUCGAACUCUCCCGACUACAGCUCGCACUGCAGGGUUUGCGGCAGACCGCUGGCAGCGAGGCCAUUCGGGUGGCCAUUCUCGGUCUAGGAUCUGGCGGUGGCGACAACAGCAACAACAACAAGGCCGGCCAUCACGCUGCCAGGCGCAUCCUUUCCACCAUGCUGGCCGACCCGCUUGUCGGCAAGCAGCCGUGGGAACAGAAGUUGGACUCGUAUGACCCGGCCAGGCCGCUGGUCGUGCGCGUAAGACCGAGCAGCUCCGAGGAGACAGUGCUGAGGAUAGAGCGCGCGUCAACGGCCAUUGAGCAGGAGCAGAUCUCAUCGGCUGCUCUUAAUGGGCUUAACCUCGAGCUUCUCCUCAUGGAAGGUAACCUCCACGCUAAGACUCUGGUUUCAUCCUCCUCCUCUUCAGCCCAGGAAGCCGUCCUCAACCCCGUCGUAGAGAUCCCUUCGGGCGAGGACCGGUUCACGCCUGUCGCGAACCCCGUGCACAAGACCAUCGUGGUGGGCAAUGGUAUCGGUGGGGCUGUCGACAUCGCGGCGCUGCCUCCUUCUCUGCUCCAAAACAGAGAAUCUAUCCUCGUCGUUGCCAACUUGGCGGGCCUGUCGCAGGCCGAAGUAAGUGCUGCUGCCUUCAAGGUGGUCGACGUGGCCCUUGCCGAGGAGGCCAUCGCCCUCUUCCGCCAGGGCCCCCAACACGCCAUGGAGUACGAGAGGCUGUGGUACGACAGCAAGGUGCCCGCCCUGAUCGACUGGCUCAAAGCAGGGUUGGUAGCCGACGAGGCUGACGCCACCAAGCCUGCCGUUCGACAGCUGGUCUCCCUGGUCCUGCAGAACACCCUGUCAUCUAUAGAGGACGAGGAAAGCCGUAGGCUGACGAGGGCUGUCGCGGCCAGCUCCCUCCCCGAGGCGGGCGAGCUUACCGAGGCUCUGGCCCAAUGGUCCCAGCAUGCCCACGCCGAGCUCCAGGGCGAGCUUGACCUCGCCUUUACCGGCCGCCGAUGGCGCCAGCUUGGCUGGUGGAAGCUUUUCUGGCGCGUCGAUGACGUGGCCAUGCUGACCCACGAGAUACUCAGUCAACGCUUCCUUCCCACGUCGGAGCAACAGCUCAUCUACCUGACGGGCCGCAUCGCCGGAGUGGCAGGCGAGCACGCAUCGUACCCGCAGCCAACAUCCAAGCAGGACGUUGCUGCUGCCACCAGCCCUCAGACGUCGUCGCCGACGUCGACCAAGCUGGCAUCCGGCGAGGUGAUGUCCUCCCUGCCCGUCCUGCCUGAGUGGCCCGGCCACAUUGCCUUUACGCGUCGGUACCUCCAGAACGAGACGAUCCCUGCCCUGCAAGCCCUGGCGCAGAGGCUGGUCGCCCAGGCUGUCGGAACCUCCUCGGCAGCGACGUGCCUCGCGGCCCUGGUAUACGUGUCACAGUUCACUUCUACCUUUUAUGAGGCCAGCACCAUAGCGGCCGUGGGUAUCGUGUACAGCCUGGGAAGGAUGCAGAAGAAGUGGGAGAGGGCCCGGGAUUUCUGGCAGGGCGAGGUCCGCGAGGAAGGACGCAAAGCUGUCAGGGGAGUAGAAGACAGCGUCGCCAAGGUCCUCGAGGGCGAUGUCAAUGCUCUUACUCAGGACGCUGACCUGCCUACGCCUGAGGAACUCCAAAAGGCUCGCGAUCUAGUGGCCCAGGCUAAGGAGGCCCUGUCACGUAUGAAGUAA